AUGUCUUCUCAGCUCACGAGACCUACGGGUGCCCUCGAGGAGGAGCAGGACCUUAAACCUUUCCCUUUCUGUGUCUCAGGUCUGAGCGUGAAGGUGGAGGAUGAGAACCCAGGAGCAGCUCCCCCGCCCCCGUCCACCACCCCCACGCCCUCCAAGACGCCUACGCCCAUCAGCCCGCCCCCGCCACAGGGCAAGAGGGAGCAGGAGGCCAGGGAGGAGACCUCACACCAGAAGGUGAAGCAGAGACGCUCGCGGACCAACUUCACGCUGGAACAACUGAACGAACUGGAGCGGCUCUUCGACGAGACCCACUACCCGGACGCCUUCAUGAGGGAGGAACUCUCCCAGCGGCUGGGGCUCUCAGAGGCUAGAGUGCAGGUGUGGUUCCAGAACCGGCGAGCCAAGUGUCGCAAGCACGAAAGUCAGAUGCACAAAGCCGGGAUGUUGCUCUCCCCCACAUCUGGCGCUGCAUCGCCCAUGAGCGUGAUGUCCUCGGCGGGCGUGGGUCUGGGCGGGGGCGGCAGCGUGGGCGUGCCCCUGGAGGCGUGUCGGGUGGCGCCCUAUGUCUCCCCAUUACGCCUUCACCCGUCUCCCUACGACAGACUGCCAGGCCUUCCAACUCUCUCCCUCGACCCCGCCCUGCUCUCCGCCGCCCACCAGUACGCCGCAGCUGCCGUUUCGCUAAGUGCGAGCCCGCACCCCACCUACCCUCUGGCCCUCUCUGCUCUCGCCGCGGCCGAGAGAGUCUCAUCCAAGAACUCCUCCAUAGCUGAGCUGAGACUCAAGGCUCGUAAGCACGCCGAGGCUCUGGGACUCACCAUGCCCCAGACAUAA